AUGAGCAGUCAUCAGAUGGAGCAGCGGCCGAUCUGGUGUUAUGACAAGCGUGGUGGCGGCGGCGGUGGUGGUGGUGGUCGCAAUGCUGGCCCGUCCGUUGUCCGCAAUCGAGCUCACCAGGCGCGUUGCUUGCGCGCAAUCCGACACACGCAGCUAGCACUCAGAUCUGACCAAAUGUAUGUGCGCUUGCGUACGUGCAUAGGUGUAGAAUUUGAUCAUCAACAAGUCAACCAUUUUUCCUCUCUCAUCUCAAAAUGUGGUUGGGAUAAGAAAGGUAAAAAAUAUGGACAAGAGAAAAAACGAAAGCUGGCGAGUGGAGACUAAAGAAAGCCAGACAUCAUUUUUCAUGCUAUGGCAGUAGCCUUAACAACAGCUUAACGGUCAAGACAUUUAUCGCAAUUGCCCCUUUUGAAAUCAUACGCAGCGAUAUGAGUGGGGCUAUUCAGUCUGCUUGCGACAUGGGCGUAGACCUACUUUAUCAUCAUAUACAUUUCCUCGGUUUAAUCUGCCGACAAGUGAACUAGCAACCAUACUCCUCAGUAAAAAUUCUUUGACCUAUAAAAGAGUCCACAAAACUGUUCAUGCUAACUCCACCAUUAUUCUAAAGUCCUUUGUAGUUUGUUGAGUAAUAUGACGGCUACAUGAAGAAUAAAUUUAAAAGUCCUUCGCAACAUGGCGUACCUUUUUGUAACAGUGCUGAUGGUAUGAACUCGGUUUUUUUAUUUAAUCAACCAACAUAUCGAUUUACCUAUCCGUUUGUCAGACUUUAAGGAUGUAUCUAAUGAGAGGAAAUAGAGCACCACAAGCUCGUGAAGAAAAUAGUAAAUAUCCAAAUGCCCCCUGAUGUGGUUCAUGAAGAUUGUCCCCGAUGACCUGAGCGAAGGUUUUUUUACCUUAUUUACGCCUUAAUGAAUCAACACAAAAUAUAAUCUCGAAAGCUCAAAUGACCGGCUUUGUUAACAAGGUUGUUACGAAAAAUAAUCACCUCUAAUGACGGAAUACUUUAACCGUGCGAAAAAUGCAAUUUUCACUGAAGAAAACCUUUUGUUCGUGGGCAUGUAGCCAUAGUUACCGGGAUGUACUCAACCGGUAUAGAUAACCAAGGAGAAAUUCAUUGCAUGCUGUAUAUCCCAUAAAGGUCUUUGGUAGAAACCUAAAAUAAUCAUAAAUGAAUAGAAAGGCCAAAAUUACCUUUCAGUUCCAGAAGCCGGUCAGCUACCAUAACAUUUUUCCCAGUUAUGGCAAACCAACUCAUAUGAUUACACUACUACCACUAGCAAGUAUUGCGCUCGUUUAUAAACUUCAUAAUCUGUCCGAGUUCUGCAAACCACAACUGACUUCUUGCGCUGACCUCAAAAUACGACUUAUUCUCCAGCAAAAGAAGAUUUUGAACUGCUAUUAUCGAAACAACGCUAAUUUUGCCUACUCUUUUGCCUACAUUUUGCUCCCUUCGUUGUUCGAGGAUUUGCCCACCAGAACCUCUCUUUAGUUGUUAUUACACUCGGGAGGGUAGGUAACCAAGCAUAAGUCACUUAAACGUAGAAUGCCGCAGAGUGCUGCCGGCGGAAAUAAGUUCUCCAGAAGUCCAGUCAACUCUCCCAAAAUGAAACAGAAAUUGCCGUCUCAUGCAUACUUACGCUAUCAACCUUCAACACGAAAUACUAUUUGCACACAUUCUGUAAAAUAUAUUUGAGGUUACAUAGACGUCGAAAAGCAAUGGAAACAUGCAUUCGACUUAAGUGGUAAUUCUUAUCAAGGGCGACUUUUGCAGACGCCCAAAAGACUGUUCAGUCCGAAACUUAAAUUCUUACAUGCCAGAAAUAUUAUUGGAUUAUACCGCAUGAAAUUCAAUAUUACAAUCGUAUGUAAGUAAUCCUUCCUUACCAAAAACGCAUUAAAUAAUUUUGGUUCACGUCCAAUGAGAUCGGUUACUGCAGUCCAAGUAGUCAUCGAUAGCAGCAUUUCGACCACUGGAUCUUAAAAUCGGGUAUAAAUAGUCAGGAUUUUUGCGUUUUUUCCGUAUUGUUUUCGGUAACCUCCUCAUAUCGGAUUGUCUUAUCGAGGACUAACUAUACCAUGGCUGAGGAGGAACGGAGGGUUUUUACCCACUGUUGCUUGACGCUAAUAUUUACAUUUUUCCUAACCGGACACUUUAACUGUAACAGGCAACUAGGCCCGCCAUCGGCCCAGAAGAUGAACGAAGUCGUGUCAUUGGCGCAAACUCAUAUGAAGUCAAACAUGCUUGCGCAGCGUCUACCUCACUCAUUCCUCCUGCGUCUUGUAAUUCCCGUUAGUAAAACAAGUUCACAAUGAUGGAGGAUGGGCGUGAAUUUAGUGGCCGGCACAACUGAACAUCCUGUACAGAAUUCAAAUGCCAAGGAGAACCCUCACGAACAUACUAAAAAUGGGCACAUACGCCCUCACUUCCCUCUCACGAGUAUACAUCAUGUUUUAGAGGCGUUCCUUAGUCAAACCAUAAAGUCAACCGUUGAUGGACUCCAAAUGUGUGCUCAGUGUUUGAAGGGUGUUGACCCAGGCCCAGUGCAGCGUUCUGUAUCACCCGUCUGGACUUUAAGGACUAUGAUCGUCUGCUGUGCCGAGGUCAGCAAGCCAUGGCUCUCGCAGCCUCGUGCGCGGUGGCAGUUCUUUGGCAGUUGAGUUCCCUGUCGGUAAAUGCGCUCGCGUCCCCCCCCCCCUGGGUAUGCCGGUCGUGAGCAUGCUGUCCAGUCAUACUCGUCCUUCUGACCCGUCUUGGUGCUGUUGUUGGUUAAAAUACCGGUCGGCUGUUUGUUGCGGAUCAGGGGGUGUGGGAGCACACCUAGGUGGGGGUUCGGCCGCGCCAGUAACAUGCGCCCUCCCCCACCUCCGUACUUCUUGAAUAUGUCUUGACACCGGGCCCGGGUGGGGAGAAGGAGAGAGCGCGUAGAUGCUGUGCAAGUUCACUUUCACUGUGAACUAAUUCACACGCAGGUCAACGGGGCAGCUUCUCCUUGCUGUGAAGCACACGGUAGACAGCGUUGGUUACGAUGGUCGUAUUCGUAUGUGGGUUGUUUAGGGGAGAUGCCGUGACGAAGUUUACGUUGGAGUAUUUUAGCGCAGAUUUUUAUAGAGGCGUAUAUAAACCAUGGCUGCGAGGUUAUUUAGGGAAACCAGCGGUUUCAUCAAUUCCUAAAUGUCAUAUUAGCAGGUCGGUGCAAUUUGGUGCCCUAAAGUGCAGUACUAACGGGGAUAGGGAUCCCUUUGUUUAAAUGGGCCGAACUCGUUUGACCGUUUGGAAAACUGAUGUCACAAAGAUAACCACAACCGAAUGGUCAUCUCAAGUUUUGAGCAUAUGAAACACUACAUGUCGUGUGGUUUAGCUUCUGUGCAUACCUUAUUCACAAAUUGAACGAGCAAAACAUUAGUAGUUUCAGAAAAAUAUCAGUGUUUAUAUGGGCGUUCUGCUGUGCAUUUAAAAGCGAAGAACAGAGUCUAAAAGCGAGCAAAAACAGUAGGAAUGGCCGCAAUGUAUAGAGGAAGGCACGUUCUUAAGUUUACCAUAAAAACUAUUAGUGUAGUCUAGGAACGUGAGAGAAAGGGCCAAAAGUGUCCAGUUUUUACUUGGCAGCACCGUGCAAAAAUGCAAAGUACACAGAGAUCCGUCAACGGAGUGCAGUAAUAAAGCACUUCUUAAAGAGGUGACAUAUUAAGGAGAGUUUUUUUAUCGAUCGAAGGCAUAAUCGUUGCUGAUUUUCGUUGUGCACAGCCAUUUUUCUCGUAAAUGAAGGUUGAUGCUUGAAUGAGGGCUUACAUGUGACCCAAACGACCAUCUUCCUGAGAAACAGCGCCCGAACACUCAUUUAUCCAGUAAAUGACUUCAGGUGUAAUCUUUUUUACAGCUCUCAACAGACGUGUAAUUCAGAAUCUGUCUUUAUGGACGAUUGGGUGAAAAUACUGAAAAUCAUGAAGUAUUCAGCAACAUUUCGAGACCGAUCUGAAACUCAACGAAAUUUAAGACGAACGAAAAGUUUAAAUUAAUUUAAAGGAAGAAAAUUUCUCUCUAUAAGCACAAAAUGGUAUGUUUACGAUCACGCCUGUCAACACUAUUUAAAUGUAUUAUGCACCGACCAGCCUCACAUCAUGUCAUCUUAUGAAAUCUUUUGUUCCUACGACGACCCCAUCGGUGAAAUCAAGCAAAAUCCAGUUUCACUUGUUGAACUCCUUUUUAUUUAACUCAAACGAGUCAAGGAUAACACGAAUCCCUGGAAAAGUGUUUUGGACUCUACACUCAGAAUGUGGGCAAUAGACAAUCCGUCAUAUAUGAAAUCACAUCAAUUUUAAACGAUAUUUUAAUGUAACCUCCACUGAAUCAUUAUACUUGGACGUUAUUUUAUUUCUACUAUCAUAUCUACAACGUUUUUAAUAUGCAAAUACAUCAUAUACAUUUAAAAAUGGUUUCGGUUUGCGAGUGAUUGACAAUCUUUCGUAAAUUUCGACGCAUUUCCUGAGUAAAGUAGCACACUGUACAUUAGAUAGCGCGAGUAGUACAUGUUUUUUGUUGUACUUGACGAAAUUCACUAUAUUGUAUACCUCGCUGUCCUUUUGUCGCAGUCGCUGCCACAACAACAAGAAACCGGCCAUUUGAGUAGAACUAAUCUACAGUGCAGUGCAGUUGGAGGAUGAGGAUGAGGUGGAGGAGGAGGAGGAGAAGGAGGAGGAUGGGAACGACGAUGACGAGGAGGAGGAUGACGAUUAG